AUGAAGGAAUACAUGAAGAAAAGGUCGAACACCGAAUUUAAAACAAAAGAAAGCGAGAGAAAUAAGUCAUAUAAUAAGAAAUACAAAAACUCGAAUUUUGAGAAAAUUAAGGAAUCUUGGAAAAAAGCCAGUGCAACAUACAGACAAUCAAAUCGUGAAAAAGUAAAAGAGAGUUUUAAGACAGCCACUGCAACAUACAGGCAAUCAAAUCCUGAAAAAGUAAAAGAAUCCAAUAAAACAGCCACUGCAACAUACAGGCAAUCAAAUCCUGAAAAAGUAAAAGAGACUUUUAAGACAACCACUGCAACAUACAGACAAUCGAAUCGUGAAAAAGUAAAAGAAUCGAAUAAAACAGCCACUGCAACAUACAGAAAAUUAAAUCUUAAAAAGCUCACAGAAUCGUCAAAAUUGUCAAAUAUUAUGUACAAGCAGAACUAUUUGGAAGAGUUAAAGACACUCAAAAAAGGCAAUAUAUUAAAAGAAAGUUAG